AUGUGUUUGAAACGAUUACACCAGUUGAAAUCUCGUCUCGAUAAAGACAAACCCUUAUUGCAAGAAUCCGAUGCAAUUAUCAAAGAUCAGAUGAAAGGAGGAGUUAUUGACCCAGUUCUUGUUGCCCAUGAAACCGGUUAUUUCCUACCCCAUCAUGGCGUACUUCGAGAAGAUAAGGAAACUACAAAACUUCGCGUGGUUUUCGAUGGUUCGGCAAGAGCUACUAAGGAAGAGCAGUCACUCAAUCAUUGCAUCAAAAAGGGACAAAAUUUGGUUCCACGUUUAUUUGACACUAUGAUAAACUUUCGAGGCUUCCCCAUUGGGCUUGUUGCCGAUAUCGAAAAGGCUUUUCAUCAAAUACAAAUUGCUUCCGAAGACAGAAAGAUGCUGAAGUUUCUUUGGUUUGACGAUAUUAACAAAGUUCACCCGAUGCUAAAGGAAUACAAGUUCCGACACCUACCAUUUCGUUUAACCCUAAGUCCUGCAAUAUUAUCUACUGUUAUUCGUCACCACGUUUCGAAAUACAAGAAUGUCGAUCCAGAAAUAGUCUCCUUAUUAAUCGAGUCGUUAUAUGUUGACGAUUUUGCUGGUGGAAUUUCUAAUGAGGACGAAGCUCUAUACAUCUAUCAUAGAUCUCGAAAAUUAAUGAGUGAGGGAGGAUUCAAGCUUCUAAAAUGGCAUUCAAACUCGCAACAUGUCCGAAAUGUUAUCGCGAAUAAUGAAGAUCGACCGUUUGUUGAGGUGGAAAAUGAAAGGAUGUCAUCAUAUGUUAAACAUAUGGUAAACAUUAUGGUAUGA